UCAUUACUGAGACUUUCAGUCACAUAUAAGGUCUAAACAGAUAGUAAGGUCAAAUUCACGCGCCCCUAAAAUCCCAAUAGAAACGUUAUAGGAAUAGAGACAUCAUUAAAUGAAACUGAUUUGAUGGCAACAUUCAGUAAAGUUCUAACAACAAGUAUUAACAACAUCCCUUUCCUUCAAGUGACUUAUAAUGUGUCUGUUUUGUGGAGUUUGGUGUUUAGAGACCAGGGAAGGCUCUCCAGUCUGUUUUGGAGCACCUCGGCCACCGGGAGCACUGUUACCCACGCUGUGCGCAUCGUGGCGUCCCUGGUUACCGGCGACGCGCUCUGCCUGUCGCUCCGAUCACCGAUCAGGAGACUCUUUGGUGGUGGGGGAUAACGUUGGGACAAACGGGCACUUCAGCCUGUCUGCUCCCACCAUAUGCCCGCAUGACGACGACUGCGACGACGAUGGUGGUGGCGUUGAUUAAGCGGAAUGGAGUCGAGCAGGGCGGACUAACUCUGCACCAUGAAUGACAGGUACCACAAGGCGGCCCGGGACGGUUACCUGGACCUGCUGAAGGAGGCAACUCGGAAGGAUCUCAACGCGCCGGAUGAGGAUGGCAUGACACCGACGUUAUGGGCGGCUUAUCACGGCAACCUGGAGGCUCUGCGGCUCAUCGUGGCGAGGGGAGGAAACCCUGACAAGUGUGACAUAUGGGGGAACACACCGCUCCACCUGGCAGCUGCCAAUGGUCACCUCAACUGCCUUUUCUUCCUGGUGUCUUUUGGUGCCAACAUAUGGUGCCUGGACAACGACUACCACACACCUUUGGACAUGGCUGCCACAAAGAAUCACAUGGAUUGUGUCCGCUACCUGGAUUCCAUCGCAGCCAAGCAGACAGGCCUCAACCCCAAGCUGGUUGGCAAGUUGAAGGACCGGGCCUUUCGAGAAGCCGAGCGACGGAUCAAAGAGUGUGUGAAGAUGCAGAAGAAACACCACAAACGCAUGGAGCGGAAGUUUCACAAAGAGGCUUCAGAGGCCUCUGCAUCUGACGUCAUGAGUUUUUCCAGUUACACCAGCAGCUCUCUUAGCCACAAGCUUCGCAACUUCAAUGCAGCAACCGUCAGUGUGCCAUAUUCACAGGCUACUCUCCAUGCCACAAACCGAGGGAAGACAAAGAUCCAGAAGAAGUUGGAGAGGAGGAAACAAGGAGAUGGGACCUUCAAAAUCUAUGAGGAUGGAAGGAAGAGUGUACGCUCUCUCUCUGGACUUCAGCUGGGCAACGAUGUCAUGUUUGUCAAACAGGGGACAUAUGUGAACCCAAAGGACCGUGGCCGGCGCAACAUUCGUGACAUGUUCCCCAGAGACAACGACGAUGCCAUUUCACGUGCCAUGAGUGAGCCGGAUCUCCACGGGCCCGAUGUGGACUAUUCUGAGAUCAGCACUGACUCGGGACAUGAUUCCCUGUUCAACCGACCCGGUUUGGGCACCAUGGUCUUUAGGAGGAACUAUGUGAGUGGAGGGCUGUUUGACCUUGGUGGUCGGGAUGAGGUGGACCGGUCAAGCAAUAAUGUGCGCUUACGGAGUCGGCUGCAGCAUUACCCAAGUGUAGAUGAAGACAGCAUCGGAAGUGCGCGCAGCCUGCAGGAGAGGAACGUAGAGGACCUGCCUUGGGAAGAAAUCGAAUUAGGGCUGGACGAUGAUGAUGAGCCUGAAACAAGCCCCCUGGAAGUCUUCCUAGCCACACAAAGCAUGAGCGAGUUUUUCGCCAUCUUCAAGAGGGAGAAGAUUGACCUUGAAGCACUGCUGCUGUGCUCUGACCAUGACCUAAAGAGCAUCCACAUCCCCUUAGGACCGAGGAAAAAGAUCUUAGAUGCCUGUAAAAGACGACUGGAAACCGUAGAGGAUCCAGACUGCAUCGAGGACACAGAACUGUGA